CCCACUGCACUCAAUUGCUGCAGAAUGAUUUUCUUAAAAAAGAGAAGGAAGUCAAUGUACUGCCCAUGUCGAUUUAAUUAGAAAAACAAAGAAGCACAGUGGACUGGCAGCAGUCUAAAAAGCUGGCCACUCCCAGAGAAGUAGGAUGAUCAGAGGAGCAGCAGCAGCCACCAGGGGUUUGCCUUACCUGCCUGAAAGGGGAAGAGUGGUGCUUCGUGUGUGGCAAGGUUGGGCACAUAUCACCUAACUUGUUGGGAGAAGGAGCAGGUUGUCCAACCAAGGCUGGGUGAGGCACCACAAAAACGGAGGAGAAACAGGAGUCGCUGCUGCUCCUGAACACGAGAGAAGGGGGAGAUGGACCCUAUGAUCCUGCCAUGUGACCCCUGUGAUACAGGGGGAGUACUCCACUGCGGAGAAGAAAGAUGAGGAGUGGUGUGCCUACUGCUAUCGAUGUGGGCAUGAGGAGGUCAACCGGGACCACAGACGAGGAGUAGGAUGAACCUGAAGUCCCACUGUUGCCUGGGGAGGCCUGCUCACCGUCGCCUGGGGAGGCUAAUUUGCCAUCAUCUGCUCGCUGUCGCCUGAGAAAGAAAAACAAAACCCUGUUGAAUCCCAGGUGAAACAAACAUGAAUAACUCCAGCAGCCAUCCCAACUGUUCCAUCAAUGACUUCAAGUACCACGUCUAUCCUGCAACGUACUUAACUAUCUGGGUUGUUGGGUUUUUUGGAAAUGGUGUCUCCUUGAUCAUCUUCUGCAAGCCUAAAAAGAAAUGGAGUUCAGUCAACAUGUACCUGUUUAACUUGCUAAUCUCUGACUUAAUACUGGUGUGCGCUCUUCCCUUCCGCGUGACUUACUACCUGAUGGAGUCACACUGGAUUUUUGGGGAUGCCAUGUGCAGAAUCAUGUCUUAUGCUUUUUACCUAACCAUGUACAGCAGCAUCUAUUUCCUGAUGGUGCUCAGUAUUAUGCGUUUCUUGGCCAUAGUGCGCCCCUAUAAAUUUGUGAUGCUCAGAAACACAGACAGUGCCAAAAUAGUGUGCUGCAUAGUUUGGUUUUUUGUUGCGGCAGUUUCUUCCCCAUUGCUUUUAUCUGGGAUUAAAAAUCAGGGAGACAAAGUGAAAUGCCUAGAUCCUGAAAGUAGAAGUGUGCAAACUAUUUUAUUGAUGAACUAUGUGGUUCUUUUGAUAGGGUUCCUUAUACCUUUCACUGUCAUUGUUGUCUGCUACUUCUUUGUUGUCAAAACCUUAAUGAAACCCAAAAACAAGCAAAAGAAGAGACCCUCCCAUAAAAAGUCAUCCGCCAUGGUUAUCAUUGUCACUUGUAUUUUUUUAAUUUGCUUUUUGCCUUACCACAUAGUCAGGACGCUUUUUUUGGAGACCUACAGGAUACAGUCCUUGCUGCCCAGCAGUGAGAGCUGUGACUAUAUUAACUGCAUACAUAAGGUAGCUGUGGUCACCCUCUGCCUUGCAGCAUCAAACAGUUGCUUGGACCCGCUGUUGUAUUUCUUUGUGGGAGAAAACUUCAUGUAUUGGUGGAGAAAGCGCAAACAACAGACAGAAUUAAAGCAGCUAAAUACGAAGGACCCUAACUGAGGGCUCUGUGUUUUCAUAUCUUCUGUGAAUACCAAAAAAAGUGCCUUUACUUGGGAGCUCUUUACUUGAUUGUAUUUUGUGAAUCAUAUUUUAUAGAAUAACUUUUCUAGCCCAGAAGACAUGUUUUGUACUUGACGCUACUGAAUAUUUUUUUAAAUCUUAUUUUUAAACGCUUUUGCAUUUAUUCAAAUCCAAAUGACAGAAUGACUGGGUCAAUAACAUUGUUUCAAAUUACUGUUGAUCUACGGAAAUUAAUUCUCUGAAUUCAUCUGUUUAAUUUGGAUGCUCAUUCAUGAUGAUGGCCACACGCUUCCCAUUCAGUCCUAUCUUAUGUUUUUUUUUUUUUUUUAUACCAUAACUUCUUUUGUAUGUAUCAUAUCUUGACUGAUCACAACAGUAUAAGGCUUUCUUUAUUACGUGGCUGUUUUUGUAUGUGUGUCUUAGAUACUGUUAUAACUCAACUGUUAUUCGUUAGAAAACAUUUAGAUUUUAAUCUCAACCCACUUGAACACUUUACAGACACUGGAUGUGGUAAAAUUAUACAGUGUGUAUAUCAACCAUUUCUAGGAAGUUUGACACCUUGUCUAUGGAACAGCUAUCGUAUAUAACAAAAUGCACUUUGUUGGCAUUUUAAAAGAUGCACUCACUAUUACUUAAAACAUUUCAACUGUAACCAUGUAUACAUCCACAAGAGACAUGUACAUCUGUGUUAAUGUACAGCAUAUAGUAUAUUAAUCUAAUCAUGUACUAGACCAUACAUUAAAGCUUACCUGCCAAUGUAUUUUGUGUUUUAUGUUGCAUGCAAAUUGAGAAUGUAAGCCUUUUUAGAUGCACUCAACAAAGAGGAUUUGAGCCAUUCUAGAACAGGUCAACCCCUGUUGGAAUUCUCAUUUAGUUCAGGGGAGAUACGAUUUUCAAAAAAUAAACCAUGAUAACUACACAUAACUACAGGGUGCAUCAAGUAUGCAACAAGUCUUUUUCUUUUACUAAGGAGUCUGCUGUCUCCAAAUACACUAGAUAUGUCCUCUAGUUUUGUUAUUGCUGUACAUGACAAGUGUUUUGGUCUCUCCUUUAAAAAAAAAAGUUCUGCUGAUUCCACUUAACUGAAUCAGUCAUUCGGUUCAACGACAGGCUGCAGUCGUUAAGUACCUUUUUGACAUUGGUUUAUACAAACUGUGCCUUGUAAUUUUAUUACAGGAUAACAGGAUUUGGAAUCCCACUGAAAGUGAAUGGCAGAAAGAUGCCACUUGUCAUGUAAUAGCCUGUUAACUUUAUCCAUAUAAAUAUAAAUAAUGACAAGAGAUGUAAAGUUCACUGCUUUUUUCUUAAACAGAAAAUAAGCCAUUACUAGUGCUUGUUCCCUAAAGAAUACUUGUAAAGUGUUGUAAAGACUUUUUUUUUAACGCACAUGUACUUUCUAUUUGUGUUUCUCAAAGCUGCUUUUAAAUACUUGUGUGCACACUUCAAGAAUCACAAACCCAUUCCAUAAUCGACACUAUUUUCAGCAUACAUUGAAAUUGUACAGCACAAUGUUUGUGAUUUUAGCAACCCCUAACCAUUAGCAGUUUUGUUACUUUAGUCAACACAACCAUGACUUCAUAUAACAUACACUGAUAACACAGGCCACCUUGUAAUUGACAGGCUGUUUGGAAUGGACAAGAUGAUAAUAGCACUGAGGCACUCAACUAACAGCAUGCACAAUUUAUAAAUUUCACCACUAUUAUAUUUGUAUUGUAUAACUUAUAUGUGUUUUACUUUCUCAUUUCACUUGCUUUGCAUUGAUUCUAACCUCCUUUAUUUUAUUUACUUCUGUUUAAAAAUAUAUUUUCCAUGAAGGGACUAUGACUGUGACACCCUGCACAUGUGCUUUUGGCAGGCAUAGGGUUAAAAGUGUAUGUAUGUACACUUGUACGUAUGUAUGUCACUGGCAUGCUUAUUUAUGUAUGUGCAUCCCAUUUGUUCCUUUUUUUGGUAAAAUAAUUUAAUAGGGAGUUAUAACAUGAAUUUAAUUUUAACAGGAUAUAACAUGAUUUUAUUUUAAAUAUUCAUUGAGCUGCAGUAAGCAGGAUCUUACAGAAACUUAAUGUGCUGCAUGAUUCAGGUUAGACCAGUCUCCCCACACUUUAACGUGUCUCUGCUUUAUUACAUGACCGAACAACUCAGUGACUGACAAAAUGUUCUCCAUGAUAAUUACAUUAAAUAAUCAGUUUUAACUUAACUUAUUCUCCCCUCACUAUAGAAUGAAUGUCAUGUUGCAAAUCUGCGAUAGUUUGCAGGUAAAUGUAAUGGAAUUAUGCUCUGAUUAACAAGUAUGUCAGUAACAUAUACAGUAUAUUCCCCUCCACACCACAGUAAAUUCAAAAUGUUCAAUUAGCAGCUACUGUAUCAGUAGGAUGAAAAGUGCAGAAAAAAAUGGUCCAAACAAUGUUUCUCUCAAAAACGUCUGUGUAUAUUGCACAAAUAAUAAAACACUUAAUUCCUCACAACAAGCUCUGGCACCAGAUUUACGUUUCAGUGCUAGGCCCUUUGUUUCACAAAACACCUCCCUGUAAUCAACCCGUUGCCAUGGUUUCUCCAAUCCUUGUCUGCCCCGUGGCUGAUUGCAAGGGAGUCCUUUCGUGUACGUGCAGCUAUGCAAGCCCCCUAAUAUGGUCACCUUCUGGUUUCUGCCUACUAUCGAGGCUGCCCAUCUAGGAGGAAGCAUACCACCGACCUUACACAGCACCCUUUCUGGUCAGGAGGGAGAUACACAGUUUGGUUCCUUCGCUCUUACCUAACGAAAAAAAGAAAUGG